AAGCUGAGGUGACGUCACACCGGUUCAGAUGAACAGCCGGUAGCGCUGAAGAAAGCUUGAAAAAAAUCGCCUUUUGUUUGUAUUUGUCCGCUAAUUUCACCGCCAAACGCCCAAACAUCAUGCCUUUCGAUGUUAGGAGAUUUGAUAUCUACAGGAAAGUGCCAAAAGAUCUCACCCAACCAACCUACACAGGAGCGUUCAUAUCCAUCCUCUGCUGUGUCUUCAUACUCUUCCUCUUCCUGUCCGAGCUGACGGGGUUCAUAGCCACCGAAAUUGUAAAUGAACUGUAUGUGGAUGACCCUGAUAAAGACAGUGGUGGGAAGAUAGAUGUGAGUUUAAACAUCAGUUUGCCAAACUUACACUGUGAUUUGGUGGGUUUGGACAUCCAGGAUGAAAUGGGACGCCAUGAGGUCGGUCACAUAGACAACUCUAUGAAGAUACCUCUGAACCAGGGAGAGGGUUGCCGCUUUGAGGGAGAGUUCACUGUUAACAAAGUACCGGGGAACUUCCAUGUGUCAACACACAGUGCUACAGCGCAGCCCCAAAACCCUGACAUGACUCACACCAUCCACAAGCUGGCCUUUGGAGAAAAGCUACAAGUACAAAAGGUCCAAGGAGCCUUCAAUGCUCUAGGAGGGGCAAACCGGCUGUCAUCUAACCCGCUGGCCUCACACGACUACAUCCUGAAGAUUGUACCGACUGUGUAUGAAGACCUAACAGGCAGACAGAGGUUUUCCUACCAGUAUACAGUGGCAAACAAGGAGUAUGUUGCCUACAGUCACACGGGCAGAAUAAUUCCUGCGAUCUGGUUCCGAUACGACCUCAGUCCAAUCACAGUCAAGUACACAGAGAGGAGGCAGCCUUUCUAUCGCUUCAUCACGACGAUUUGUGCCAUCGUCGGAGGGACGUUCACCGUCGCCGGGAUCAUCGACUCGUGUAUAUUUACUGCCUCCGAAGCCUGGAAGAAGAUCCAGAUUGGAAAGAUGUCAUGAGGGUCGCCUCUCAACCCCGUGCUUAUUUUAUUUAUAAGUGCAAAGUUGCUAGCCUGUUAGCUAAAUCCACUUCUGAUUGAAAACAAGCCAGAGACCAAUGAGAAGCAUAUGAUUUAACUACCAGGCUGUCUCUGUUACUGAGGAUCCUCUCCAGCUCCAUCUACUCUGCUUCUGACGUCGGGAUCCUGAUGAUCACAUGUCUUCUAACACCGUCAUCGGUGUCAGGAGAGGACAUCUCUUCUUACAACUGGGAUUCAUGUCGAGGAAAGACGUGCCAGAAACUUAAUAGUGUGUACUUGUUUUGUUUUGUUGUUUAAAUGGCUCAUAUUUUCUCUAAGGUUUUCUACUUUGGUGCUUAAACUCCAUACAUUCAAUAAUUCAACAUUCUUUACCACUAUUCAGACAGAUGUGUGGCUCAUCAUUACUCCGUAAAACCAUGGUUGUAUUAAGGAAGUGUCAUUUGGCUUCAUUACAAAAAAUCUAAGAGGUUUUUAUGAUUUAAAAGGUGCAAAAAGAAAAAAAAAAGACUCCCAGUUUGUGCCUUAUGGUCACUGUUUCCUUUUAAUAAUUGCUGUCAGUGUUAUUGUUUCUGUAUCUUUGUAGAUGGGCUCUGCAGAUUGCCUUUUUUGGUGGGUUUAUUUCACUCAUUUCAUCACCGGCUGUAUUAAAACACUAUCUUGGACUUUUCAGGAUGAUUUAAAUAACUGGAAAUUAUGUAAUCACUGUGUUAUUGGUUUAAAGUGGCUGUUUUUUUUUUUAUACCCUUCUGUUAAACUGUUGCUACUGGCCUCUGAUGUAGCACCAUGAUAACACAGAGCCUGUUUUUCUGCUUUCUAAGCCAUACAGACGUUUAUCAUGGUGUCUGUUUCCCGCCAAGGGGCCAUAGAGAGUUUACCGCACAACAUUCCGUAUCAUUUCCAUUUAUGAACCGUUCCUGAAAGGCUAACAAGCCUUAACAUGAUUCAGAAAUUAAGUCUAUUCGCAGGCACACCUCUAAAUCCCAUACAUUUGAUUAUUAUUGUAAGGUUAUCUCUUAUUCUAUUCAAAAAGUGUCUGAUAAUACACAGUGAAAGGGUUGGUAUUUUUGGUGGCAACUGCCAUCUUGUUAAGUGGAAACAUUUAAAUAGGGCUGGCAAAAAAAAAAGGCCCAAAGAGGCAAGCUGUUUAGUUCGUAAUGGAAAGUUUAGUGGAAGGAAAAUCUGGUCAAAAAGGUGUACAUGCAACAGCCUAUCCAAGGAGUAGGCUGCAGUUUUAAGAGCAAUCAUAGACAACCAGGGCCUGGGGUAGAAAUGUCACUUUCCUGGAUUUAAGCCAAUUCAGAUGCAUCCAAUCAGGGCCAAAGGAGCACAGCUUUAUGGAGACACAGACCCAACCAUGCAAACAGGUUGAGGGCCUCUAUAAACAACCUCAGCAGAGGUUAAGUUUGAAUGCCAUUCUGCGGCGCAACCCUUUAAAAAUCCUGUUGAACUGCUCUUAUGUAACAUUUUUCAUUUUGAAACUCAUAUCUAACCAUGAACUUCAUCAGCCUGUGGGUGGUAUUCUAAUUUACUGAGCUCUGUACUCACACCAUGACACCUGCCGUGUAUUACAAAGACUUCACCUUUAUCUAUUAUUCAUUGAAACUGAAAAUGGAACCUUAAGUAUA